UCAAGAUGUUUAUACCUGUUGGUUUGUAACAAGCUGUCACAAAGUGAAAGUCAGGCAUCGGGGCAUUUUAUCAUUGGUGAUUUCCCUCUAAAAACUCAAGGCAGAUUAGUUGAAUUGGGUGGAACCCUCUGGAUAAAGUUGAAUACAGUCUGUACGUGGAGAAAAUACUUGGACUUUCGAUCUACUUCAGCUGGAACAGUAUGCCGACACAGCUGGAGAAUGCGAUGGAUACCUUAAUCAAGAUCUUUCACCACUAUUCAGCAAAGGAAGGGGAUAAAUAUAAACUCAAUAAAGGAGAACUCAAACAGCUCCUCACCAGUGAACUCACUGACUUCCUUUCGUGUCAAAAGGAUCCCCAGCUGGUUGACAAGAUUAUGAAGGAUCUUGAUAGCAAUAAAGAUAAUGAGGUGGAUUUUAAUGAAUUUGUGGUUCUGGUUGCUGCAUUAACUGUUGCAUGCAAUGAUUUCUUUGAGGAGCAACUGAGGAAAAAGGGCGACUAGAAAUGGUUGCAAAGAACCUUUUGGACAGGAUGGGAGAAAGUAGCUUCAGCUGAAACAAGAUUUCACCUUUUGGGUUUUCCCCAGUACUGAUGCAUGGACUUCCCUACUUCUUCCACCGAAACAAGCUUUCCUACCAAUGUUAUUUCAUCAGAUUCUGUUUGUUAUUAAUACU